AUAACAAAAGGAUUCAAGAAACCAGAAGUUUUUCUUUCCUUAAAUAGGAUAGUCUCCUUGAUAAAGGAAGCAGAGGCUAGCCUUGUCCACCUAUUUCAGGUAAAAGAGCGAUGGGUCCCGAUGGCAAGCGCUGGGCAAUCCAAUAACUCUGGCUAUAUUGUUGAGAGAUCUCAAUUUUUAGCGAGUACUUCUCGUUCUAUCAGUGGAGAUCUUGUGGGCAUUGAGCAAAACAAAGAAACAUUAUUGAAUUGGCUAAGAAAUGAUGGGAUGGCGUUGUCAACAAUAGUACUGCAUGGCAUGGGAGGGCUUGGCAAGACUGCUUUAGCUGCAAAUGUGUAUAAAGAGGAGCGAGAAUAUUAUGACUGUCAUGCAUGGAUCUCUGUCUCUCAAACAAACUCUCCAGUGGUGCUAUUAAGGAAACUACUUGUUGAAUUUUUUCACCAAGAGGAAAAUCUCCCAAGCAAGAUUGCAACUAUGGACAUGAUUGGUAUUCAGGAGGCAUUGGGGGAAUUCCUGAAGGAAAAGAAAUAUUUGAUAGUAUUGGAUGAUGUUUGGACACCAGAAGCACUCAAUUAUCUGUCAGGAGCACUUGUUCAAAAUCUUAAGGGAAGCAGAGUAGUUAUUACAACACGAAUUGCUAAUGUAGCUAUGCUUGCUUCCGAAGGACGUGUCUUAACAAUAGAUUGUCUGUCAGAAAUCAAGUCGUGGGAGCUUUUCUGUAAGAAAGCUUUCCAGAGGGAGACAAAUCAUGACUGCCCCGCAGAUUUGAAGGCUGUGUCAGAGAAAAUAGUAACGAAAUGUAAAGGCUUGCCUCUCGCCAUUGUGUCUGUGGGAAGUCUCUUGUCUGUGCGUGAGAAGAAUCUUGCAGAAUGGAAGCGAAUUAACAACAAACUCAGUUGGGAGAUGACUAAUAACCCAGGACUAGAUGAUAGGACUACACUCUUCAUAGGAAGGUUCUUAUAAGACUAUGGAUUGCAGAGGGGUUCAUUGAGGAAAGGGGUGAAAGCACAUUGGAAGAAGUUGCAGAAGG